CUGUUUUGUUGUUACCAGGCCAUAAAAACGGCAACACCUGCGUUAACCUUCGAAUUAGCAUUCAAAACAAACGCCGCCAAAGUAGAGAAGUGAGCCCGAGUACUUCCGCCAUCCGUAGAACGCAACGUAGCUAGUCAUGGUUUUAGUUACCUUUUUGAUCGUCUUCAUUUUGAUAUGCCUAUUGUUGGGCUGGACAAUUAAGAAAUGCUGCAAGCGCACCAACCAGGGCAUGGUGAUAGCAACACCCGUUACCAUAACGUCUGGAGUUCAUCUAGUGGGCCCCGGAGUGACUCAAGCCGUUCCUCCCGCGCUACCUGCGGGAGCAGUAAUACAAGGACACAGGACGGGUACAUCCGCCUAUCCGGUCAUGAUGAUGCCCAAUCAGACCGCUCAGGCACCAGGAUAUCCCCCGCAGGGAUACGUUCAGACGUACUCGUUGCAGCAGUCGGCUGCACCAGCUCCUGCCAUGCCGAAUGCUUCCUCGGUUCAGUUUCCCUCACUGCCAACACCACAUGCGGCACCGGUGCUUGGACCGACACCUGUAAUGGCAUCGGCACCAGCUGCCACAGGACCACAGAUUGGGCAACAGCGCGAUCCGCCAACCUACGACCAAGUGAUGACUGAAGCGUACGCUGUUCAGGCACCGUUCAAUCCUGAUUUUAGGGGGUAAUUACAAUUAAAGCCAUGUAUCAAAGAUGUUUGAAAGGUCCUUCCUAACGAAGGACGAGUUAGAUAAGCAGACGACAGGCUUCCAGUUCCAAGUUGUACAACGAAACGGAGUGUGUAUGUUGGUAUGACUAAGUGGUUAAGUGUUAUUUUCGGUGUUGCAAGCGUUGUUACGGCAAAUGUGGGUUCAUGGAACGAUUAAGUAGAAUACUCAUACGUUAGUUUCUUCUCUCCUGUACUGGCAGAGUUGAGUAUAUAAUCCAUGUAUUAUAAAGCUAGCUGAACGGAACGAAUCGAAUAAAUUAUGCUUAAG